AUGCAAUCUCACUUUCUAGAUAACGCACCGAAGCGCACUCUUAUAAGAGAGCUGAAGCAGGAGGUGCCGUCGGAUUCUCCUUCACCUAGCGAUCAAGGGUCGAGCACGCAACAACCGCAGAACCUUCUUCUCGGUAUUGCACAAUAUAUUUUGUGUCAACUGUGUCCAGAACAGGCCCCAGAUAUCAAGGUCAUGGAAGAUCACUUCCUGAGAACACACGUGAAUAAAGAAAAACGAAAUUGUGAAGCUUGUCCUUCUGAAGACCAACCUGAUCUUAUACAACAUAUGAGAAGACAUACGAACAGGUACUGCUGCGAUUUAGCUGUACUCCCUGUGAAACUUGUGAAAGAAGUUUCGCGGACGGAAGCACAUUGCGUCGACACCGACUGGUUCAUUCCGGUGAGAAGAAGCAUAGCUGUCCAAUAUGUGGAAGAGGUAUUGCUCGCAAAGACGAAUGUUAAAUCGCAUAUUCGAAGCCAUGGAGUCCAUUGUUGA